UUCCGUUUGGAGAAAGCAAGGAGGAUUUCGCAAAAGGCAAGCAAGGGGAUAAAAUACUGUACAUGCAGAGGAAAAUUAUAUUUGAUGGACGCUGAUUAAAAACUACAGCAUACCUGUGUAUAUGGAAAUAGCAACAAAGUGGAUGCGGUUUGAAUCAAAUCGAUGAUAAAUCUGGAGCCGGGAUCCAGGUCCACCAUGACGGACAGCAUCAUGAGCAAAGCUGCAACGAUGGAAAUCCCCAUCAAUAGCAACGGAGACACGAGGACGUCUGAAGAUGACAGUCUUGAACAGAUUCACUGGAGCUUAGAGAGCAAGGACCUGCAGCAGGUGAUGGUGUCUGGGCCCAACCUGAACGAGACGAGUAUCGUGUCGGGGGGAUACGGAGGAUCAGCCGAGGGCAUCAUCCCUACCGGCUCCAUCAAAGGCCCAGCUAUACUUUUCAACGAGGAGUAUUUUGAAAGAAGAUGUGGGAACACCCCCAAGCCAGACCUUCGCUCCAAACCUAGAGACUUUCCACUCAGUCAUUCAGCUGCUGCUCGGAUAUCAUGUCAGCCAGAUCAUUACCCAGCUCCCAGCAUGCACCACAGUCACAGUAAUCCAAGCAUGACGUCAGAGGAGGCCACGCGUGGGAUUGCAGUGGAGAAAUUUGACAGUGUGAAGAAAUGGAGCAUCAAUACUUAUAAGUGCACGAAGCAGAUGUUCUCGGAGCGGUUUGGCCGUGGCUCGCGGACCGUUGACCUGGAGCUCGAGGCUCAGAUCGACGUGCUGCGUGAAACCAAGCAGAAAUACGAGCACAUCCUGAGACUGGCGCAAGCGCUCACUACUCACUUCUACAAUGUAGUGCAGACGCAGCAGGCACUGGGAGACACGUUCGCUGAUCUGAGCCAGAAAUCUCCAGAACUGCAGGAUGAGUUCGGCUACAACGCAGAGACACAAAAGCUGCUGUGUAAGAACGGCGAGACGCUACUGGGCGCAAUUAACUUCUUUGUGUCGAGCAUCAACACACUGGUCAACAAAACCAUGGAGGACACACUAAUGACCAUCAAGAUGUAUGAGAACGCAAGGUUGGAGUAUGAUGCCUAUAGGACAGACCUGGAGGAGCUGAGCGCUGGCCCACGUGACGCCGUCACUAUGGUGCGUAUCGAACUCGCCCAGCAGGAGUACCAGAUCCACAGAGACAAGUACGAGCGCCUACGGAGUGACGUCACCAUCAAGCUCAAAUUCCUGGAGGAGAACAAGGUAAAGGUGAUGCACAAACAGCUCCUCCUCUUUCACAAUGCCAUCUCGGCUUACUUCGCCGGCAACCAGCAGCAGCUUGAACAGACUCUCAGGCAAUUCAACGUGAAGUUGAAGCGGCCCGGCUCGGACAGACCAUCAUGGCUGGAGGAACAGUAAUAAACCAUGAGACACUGUUCAUCUCUUGCCUCUAGAGACUCCGACAGGCUGGAGGAUGGAGUGAUGUGUGGAUGUGCUGGCAGAUGAUGUGUUUCUGAACGAAUGACGGGAUUUAAUGUUAUCAUGCUGAGAAAGACGUAGGUUAUUUAAAGCCAGAUUUUAUUAUGAUGAAUGAGAAAGGAAAGAUGCCUCCUAUGCCUUUUGUCUUUGUAUUGAAUUUAUUUUGUCAUGCGACGUAAAGUGGAAUAUAAUUGCAUUUUGUUUCUAGGCCUUCGAGGGCAGUUAUUUUCAUUACUUUUAUUGUAGAAUGGGCCGUACUCUGAGUUGUAUCCUCAGAAAUGAGAAUUUAUACUGAAAUACUGAUAUUGUGCACAUUUAUAUUCAGACAACACAUAUAACCGCAGACUUGAGCGAUAUUCAGAUGUUUUGCACAAUAUUGAGUCAAAACGCACUUUUAAGCCUUUUUUUUGUUUGGUUUUUUUGCAUGAUAUCAGCUCAAGCGAGAAGCACUAUUAACUCCGGCUCCACCGUCUGACAGUUUGCUCUAUCUAUAAUAUGUCAUGCUGUAAUUUAUGUUUUUGGCUUUAAUUAUAUUUAAAAAAAACUCAGUAGAAGGUCAUUUUAGGUUGAUUUUUAAAUACAUAAAUAUAACACAAUUAAUAAAUUCAUUAAGAAUAUAAUCCAUGUAAAGCCAGUUAACUGUUGGCACAGGAUAUUAAAAAAAAAAGAAAUGUAAAAUAAUAGGAUGUGCUGGAUCAAGUGCUAUUUUACAGACUUCUGAAUAAUGAUGGUGGAAGCCAUAUUGUUAAAUUCAACCAAACUUGCAGUGAUUCAGAUAAUAAUUACAACUAGGUUUAUUCAACAUCUGUAUACUGGCCUUAGAUUUUUAAUAUACAUAACAUCUUCUCACACAUGUAUUAUCAUAUUAGUCUUUUAUUUUUUACUUUUUUUAAUUUUUCAGCGUUAAUUUGUUUCUUGUGUUUACGUUGCAUCAUAUUUAAUUUGGCAAAAAAACACCUCCCAUUACGUCCUUUUUCAGUCGGUAUUUUCUAUCCCUGAUUUUUUUUUUUUUCAGGCUUAAAAGUAGUGUUUGCAUUUAAAACCAGUUUUCUAGACUCUUCUACUCAAGGAAAGUCUGGAAACCUUGGAAAUGUGGAUGAACUACUCCCAGGUGAUCUGUCAAAUCUCAACGGAAAGCCCAGAAAAUCAAUAAAGUCUGAAUACAUGCAAAUUCAAAUUCCCCUCCAUAAAUAUUGAUGUAAAUUUCGAACUUGCGUCAUCAACUCUGAAUACGGCCCAGUGACUGGAAAUCAUGUGUAUGUGCACAGGAGUAUUCUCUGGUAUGGUGCACUGGAACUGAGGCAUGCCAUGGAUAACUGUUUACAUGUUCAAAAAAGAUGAAUUAAUGUAUAUUCUUGUGUAAAUUACAGUGUAAAGUCCUACAUAUCAAAUUAAACACAGUUUGAAAGGACA